AUGGCGACCAACAAACUCACAGCCCUCUGCCUCGCCAUGGCCACACUGCUAACGCCCAGCACAACACUUCCUCUGGUGUCAUCCAAGCGUCAAACCAUCGGCGCACCAUGCACAGACGUGCACAUCUUCCUCGCAAAGGGGUGGAACGAGGAAUACCCAGGAAGACAAGGCAAGCUCGCGGGCGCGAUCUGCUCGGGCCUGUCGAGCUGCGACUACGAGGACAUCCAAUUCUACAACACGCCGGAGGCCGACUACUGCGCCUCCGUGACCGAGGGCAACACGAACGGGGUGGCUCAGAUGACCGCGUAUGCAGAUCGGUGUCCCGACUCGCGCCUCGUGCUCAGCGGCUACUCGCAGGGCGCCAACGUUGCGGGCGACAUCCUCGGCGGCGGGGGUGGACGGUUCGGCAAUGAGACGGUGUACUGCACGGUCGGCGACACGGUGGGUUUGGAUCGCAGCACCAGCCCCGGUAAUAAACUCGGCGCGGCCCUGAUCUUCGGCGACAACCGCCACGUCGCGAACCAGCCAUACAACAUCCUGUCGGGCGCCGGCAUCUCGGCCAACAACCCGCGGUUUCCAGACUCGCUGACCCGCAUGAACGAGUUCUCCGACAUCCUGCGCAGCUACUGCGUCGACAGCGACCCCGUCUGCGCGGCUGCCGGGCCCGGUCCUUUCGUCGUCGACAACCAUCUCAACUACUUCGACAUCUACUCCGACGACGCCGCCGCGUGGGUCAAGGAGACGCUUGGCUUGUAG